GCUCGCCCCGCCUGUGAGCGAGCGAGGGUGACACACACACACGGCAGCACAUGCUCCGAGGAGGGAUGAGCUCCAGGGGCCAGCCACUGGCACAGCUCACACAGCCGGGCUGCGUGGGACUCUCAGCACCGAGCUGCCAGCAGCUCAGUCCAGCAUCCAACGGAGGCGACUGGGAGGAGAGACACGCACCUGCCAUCGCCAUCCACCGCCCGCUGCUCUUAUAACUCCAGCGCCCUGCGCGCUCCCACCGCAAAGGGUCCUGAACAAGUUGGGAAAGAAGGGGCUGGGACAGUCCCCACCUCUGCUCCUCUGAAUCCUUAUUUCCACGUCUCAAGGAACUGGACUCAGCAGCUGUUGGCACGCAGGGACACACACGGCAAAAGGACAGGGUUUGGAAAGCAACGCCGAUGCUUCAAGGAUCUCUCUGAACCUCUUUUUGGAGGAAGACCAUUGGGAAGAUUUUGAUGGUACAAAGUUGAGGGGCAAAGACAAGGAAAAGAGCAGCUUGCACCGGAAAAAGGGAAAGUCCCCCACUCUCAGAAGCUGGGAUCUGUUUCCGAGCUGAACUUUGGAAAGUGCAAGAACCUGCCCAAAAACUAAUAGAACAGGAGCCACAACAAAAGCGGUACGAAGAAAAAACAUUAACUGCAGCUUUUUGAAUUGCAAGGCUUUUUUUUUGUGUGUGUGUGUGUGUGGCUUCACUUUCCAUUGCGUCUGUUUUUUCUUGAAUUCAGUUGCUUUUUAAGCUCACCCCCCUUGCCUUGAAAUGCAGAGGUUUUUUAAUUGAAUCUCUUGUCUUGAACUGCAGUUUGUUCCUUGACGUUUUGGGGGGAACAGAGGGGGAGGGACUUGUCUUUGAACUGCAUUUUUGGAUCCACUUUUGUUUUCAUCUCCCCUGACAACCCACAACAACAGAAUCUUCAUCAUCAUGUCUUUUGACCACACCACCAUAUACACAACAGCGAACAGUUCCACCAGUGAGCAUGGGGACGGCAAGCCCCCCACCAUCCCCACUGUCAUGUUCAUCUUUGGGGUGGUGGGCAACCUGAUUGCCAUCGUGGUGCUUUGCAAGUCCAGGAAGGAGCAGAAGGAGACCACUUUCUACACGCUGGUGUGUGGACUGGCAAUCACUGACCUCUUGGGGACCUGUCUGGUGAGCCCAGUCACUAUUGCCACAUACCUGCAGAACCGCUGGCCAGGUGGAUCUGAACUGUGUGAAUACAGCUCCUUCAUCCUCCUUUUCUUCGGGCUCUCUGGCCUCAGCAUCAUCUGUGCCAUGUCUAUAGAAAGGUACCUGGCCAUUAACCAUGCCUAUUUCUACAACCAUUAUGUGGAUAAGAAGCUGGCAGGGCUCACUCUCUUUGCCAUUUAUGUCUCCAAUGUGCUGUUCUGCGCCCUACCCAGCAUGGGACUAGGCAAAUCUACCUUACAGUACCCCCAAACUUGGUGUUUCAUAGACUGGAAGACCAAGGAGGCCACCCAUGCCGCCUACUCCUACAUGUAUGCCGGCUUCAGCUCCUUCCUAAUCAUGGUCACGGUAGUCUGCAAUGUCUUGGUGUGUGUGGCCCUGAUUCGCAUGCACCGUCAGUUCAUGCGACGCACCUCCCUGGGCACAGACAACACCGCCAGCCGCUUGUCUGACUUUCGCCGGCGCAGGAGCUUUCGUCGCAUGGCUGGAGCAGAGAUCCAGAUGGUCAUUUUGCUUAUUGCCACCUCCCUGGUUGUGGUCAUCUGCUCCAUUCCUCUGGUGGUACGUGUCUUCGUGAACCAACUGUACCGACCAGACAUAGUGAAGGAUGUCAGUCAAAACCCUGACUUGCAGGCCAUCCGCAUUGCUUCAGUGAACCCCAUCCUGGAUCCCUGGGUCUACAUCCUCCUCCGCAAGACAGUGCUCAGCAAAGUCAUAGAGAAAAUCAAGUGCCUCUUCUGCCGCAUUGGAGGGGCUCGAAGGCAACACUCUGGGAGCAAUUUCAACUGUGCGGAUGGACGCCGAACCUCCUCCGCCAUGUCCAGCCACUCACCUUCCUUCAUCUCUCGGGAGCUGAGGGAGAUCAGUAGCACCUCACAGACAUUGCUCUACCCUCCAGAGCUAAGUGAAAGUAGCACUGGGGGUCGCAUGCUGCUGCCAGGAGCCAGUGCUGGUCUGGCUCAGUGUGACACUACAUCAGUGAGGACAUUACGCAGCUCAGAGACCUCAGACUCUUUGCCGGGACAGGACUCUGAGAGUGUCUUUCUGGUGAAUGAAGUCGGGUCUGGUGGCGAAGCCAGCUCUGUGCCCAAAAGCAGCUCCCUCCAGGUCACCUUUCCCAGUGAAACGUUGAACUUAUCAGAAAAGUGUAUAUAGCAAUGAAAGGAAUCACACACACAUGAUCCUUUCCCAAUACUUUGGAAAAACUGGUGCAAUAGACAUGCACUCUGCCUACUUAAGGGGACCGGGGGGGUCAGCUACACUCUGAAGGGCUAUUUUUCUCUUGCCAUGUGAUGGGUACAGUUCUUCCAGACUACUGAGGAUCAUACCAUGGAGCAGUUGCUACAGACAGGCCCUGCCAUCACAAAACAUACAGGACAGGUCUAAUGGGUUUGGAAACAUACACCGUUAUUACCUUGUAUUGCUCUGUGACAUAAGAUUGCUGCUGGGACUCUAUGGCUGAAAAGAUCUGUCAUUUUUUGUCCAAAUCUGCUAGAAAUGUAUUUUCUCUCCCCCCUCCUGCCACAACUAUCAAGGUUUUAAGUCUCUGGGUACUAGAGACUUGAAGGCGAGACAGUUACUGGGAACUGGGUAGAGAUACUAUGACGACUGCCUGGUGUACAAUUUUAAAGAGUCUCACUAAUGCGUGAAAAUGUGAAUUUUUAUUGCUGUAAAUAUCAUCAUUUAAAAUAUUUAAAAAUCUAUUCUUCUCUAUGAGAAGGUUUAUUAUUAAUACAAGGUAUAUAGAAACAAUUGCCAACCUUCAUUUCCUCCGAAUAGUGCCAGCUGACGAUAGACAUUCUUGAGUUAGGUUUGUUUUCCAUACAAGUUUACAGGUAGGUGGAGAACUAGUUCUCUAGAUGGGAACAAAUAAAAACUUUUUGAAUUAAAUGGAAACAUUUUGUGCUAUUAAGGGAGAAAAGAAAAAACACCUUUUAAGUUUAAUAUAUUCUUUCCAGUGUGUGUACAUUCUAAAAAGCUAGAUUUUAUUUAUGUGCUGUGAAUAUUUAUCUGCAGAACACAAUUUCUCCUUUCUAAGUACUAAGGCCCCAACCUUGCACUCUUACACACAUGCUUAAUGGCACUCACAAGCAGUCCAAUUGAAGUCAAUCAGACUCUUCACAUGAAUAAAAUUAAGCAUUUGCAUAAAUUGCUUUUGGGGUUGGGGCCUAAAACUUUCAAUUCCUGGUUAAUAUUUUUAAUAUUCACUCUAGUUUAAAAAUCACCAAUGUACUAAAGGUAUUUUUAUAACAUUUAUCCUUUUACUUUAAAUGAGUAAAAAGAAUCUUAUGAUUGAGUAAUCUGAUAUUCCAUCAAAUAAUCAUAUGAAACAAGCAAAGCAGAAUCUUCAUUACAAAGUAGAGGUAUAUAAUCUCACACCCCAUACUCAGCCCCAAUGAGAAUUAUUUACCACUAAAAUGUAGUGCCAUAAAUAACUGUUAACCAGUGAUGAAAAGGAGUUUUGUGUUUAUGUUUUAAAAGAUAGAUCUUGUUCCAGCAGCAUUGUUGUAUCAAACAUUAAUUAUGUACAGAUCUUUGGGAAAAAAUUGUCAAAGAAAUAUUAAGCAUGUUAUGUUGCUUACAGUGUUUUCAUGUGAAUCGCUUUAUUGUAAUUAAAAUCCUGAGCCUGAUAUUGAUGAUAUGUUUAAGAAGCAGUUGUACUGACCAAAAUCAUUUUGGAGAUCGCAAUUAAAUGGAAACAUUCUGCUUGA